GGCUGAACUGGCUUUUUUGUCGCUCAAUCAUGGAUGAUAGCGAUGUUCUCAUACUGGACUCUCCGCCAAACACUCAAGAUCCGGAGAGCUUUCCAGUCGAAGGUAUACCGCUUUCAUACGAUGACGAUCCGGGGAAGCGUUUCUCGUUUGGACUAAGUGAGCUUUCUCGACGAUCUCUGUCGCAGCCUGUGCCCGUACAGCAGCAGCAAUCCAUAGUUGAUGAGGUUGCGCAGUCGACACAAGCUAGGGCCCUAAUAAGCCCUCGUAAAAGAAAGCUAUCAAAAGUUCCAACAAUACUCGAUGAAUUUUUCGGAGUCUAUUGCUUGAUCAGCAGAAGUCCGCUGAAACACUACAAAAAUCGCUGUUAUAUCGGGUACACAGUUGAUCCCAAUCGUCGCAUACAACAACAUAAUGCAGGUAGAGAAAAAGGAGGAGCAAAGAAAACAGAUAAUAGAGGUCCUUGGGAAAUGGUGUGCAUAAUCCAUGGUUUUCCGAAUAGUGUGGCAGCACUGCGGUUUGAAUGGGCGUGGCAAAAUCCAGAGAAAUCUAGAGUAAUCAAAGACUUGGCGCUGAAGAAGAGCAGGAAAGAAUCACCUUUUGCCUAUAGGCUGCGUGUUGCAUGCCACUUGCUCAACAGUCGGCCUUGGAAUCGUUUCGCACUCACAUUUCGUUGGCUACUCCCGCUCGAGGAACUUCCAUUUCCAGAAGAAAUGCCGCCUCCCAAACAUCUGGUAAAGAAGUAUGGUUUGGUUGAAAAAUCGACCAGUGAAGUAUAUCCCGAAAAAGACCGAUAUGUGGAAAGAGGAGAAUGUCGCAUUUGUGGUGAAAACAUCCGAAUGUUGAGCCAUCUGGUACGAUGUCCUGCAUGCUUCGCUCAUUUCCAUACAAAGUGCUUAGCAACCCACGGUCUUGGCGAAGAACGCUGUCAGCUUUAUCCGCUGGAUGGAGACUGUCCAAGCUGCGGAUGUCGUUAUCUUUGGGGUGAUGUUAUCAGGGAUCAACAUAACAUCUUACAUAUCAACGAAGCGCAGACUGACACUUCGUUGAAAGGCUUGGUACCAAAACACGAUUGA